CCCUUCACCAUCACCUCGCCUCCCAAAACCGACGUGUGGCGGCCCAGCGCGGACAAGGACGUCUUCAACGCGCCGUGGAUCUACCAGACGAUCCCGGUGUCGCAGUUCCAGAGGAUCUCGGUGACGGUGUUCGGGCCGUGGAAGACGCAGUACGACCAAGGCGGGCUGCUGAUCAACUUCCCGCUCAACGGCUCGCAGUGGAUCAAAGCCGGCAUCGAAUACGACAACUCGCGGCCGAACCUCGGCGUCGUGGGCACCGACCGUCUCUCCGAUUGGAGCAUCUCGCCC